AUGAACUACAACAACCAUUUGGUUCUCUACCCACAGUACUACGUGACCUUGACAACUCCAGCUCAACUGCCACUGAUUCCUGAAGCAUAUAAACCAUUUCCACAUUAUAAUUUGGAAGCAGUACAAUGGGCUCUUCUAUUUGGAGUAUGUUUUAUGCUUGGAGUUGGAAUGGGUGCCAACGAUGUGGCUGACGCUUUUGGAACAUCUGUUGGAACUGGAACAGUUACAGUUACUCAAGCAUUCAUUCUGGCUACCGUAGUAGAAAUGAUGGGAUCAGUGGCAUCUGGUUUUGCGGUAGAUGGAAAAUCAUUGAGUAUUGUGGACACAAGCAGCUAUGCUGAUAACCCGGAUGAGCUGGUUAUCGGACAGAUUGCGAUGCUUGUUGGGUGUGCCACGUGGCUUAUUGUGGCAACGUUCUACAGUAUGCCAGUUUCAUCUAUCCAUUCUUUACUUGGAGCAACAAUGGGAUUCUCAUUUGUGCUCCGUGGAGUGAACGGGAUAAUUUGGAAACGUGUCUUUCUGAUAAUGGCGGUCUGGAUACUGUCACCUAUUGCAUCAGCGAUUUUUACGCUGAUCACGUUUUUCUUACUUGAUGUGACUGUUUUGAGAGCGGUAGUGAAAACUGGACUGUUUCUUCUACCAGGAAUCUACGUCAUAGUGGUUUUUGCCAAUGUUUUUCUAUUUUUACAAGAUGGAAGUAGAGUACUCCGAUUGGACCAAAUUCCGUUCAUGUACACAGUUGCAGUAUCACUAGCUAUUGGAGCUUUAGCUGGAUUUCUAGCGCUAUUCGUAAUUGGACCAAUAAUGAAAAGAAGGUUGAAAAAAAAAACGGAAGAACUUCCUCGAAUCGCUAGUUCGUUGUCCUACACAUUCCCAAUACGACCUAGUGGAUGGUUACGAAAAGCUGUCUAUUGGGCGUUUCCACCAAUGAGAAAUGACGAUCAAAAAGCUGUUCGAUUGUUUUCGUUUCUUCAAAUUUUGACAGCCUGCUUUGCUGGAUUCGCUCAUGGAGCCGAUGACAUCAGGAAUUGUGUGGCACCUAUUCGUGAUUUGAUACACAUGUACAAUCAAGGAUAUCGAGAUGACAACACACAAUUGAAUAUAUCGGUUUAUGUUGGAUUACUUACCACUCUUGCCGUUCUGAUGGGAAUUUGGACACUCGGAAUUCGAGUUAUUAGGACUGUGGGAGAGAAUUUUGCAAAAAUGAAUCCGGCAACAGGCUUCUCGGUGGAAUUCGGUGCUGCCGUGUGUGCUUUGGCCACUAAUAUGUACGACAUACCACAAAGUGCGUAA